GGGUUGGGUUGGGUUGGGCUGGGCUGGGCCGGGCCGGGCCCGGCCUUUCUCCUCCUCUAUCCCGUGCCCCGGCCCCCGCUGCUGGAGACGCUGCGGAAGGAGCGAGCGACUGGUGGUGCCCGCUGCCAUGGAGGCCCGGUACAACCUCAAGAGCCCGGCUGUCAAACGUUUGAUGAAGGAGGCUGCAGAGCUGAAGGAUCCUACAGAUCAUUAUCAUGCACAGCCUUUGGAGGAUAAUCUUUUUGAAUGGCACUUUACUGUUAGAGGCCCUCCAGAUUCAGAUUUUGAUGGAGGGAUUUAUCACGGGCGAAUAGUACUACCACCUGAAUAUCCCAUGAAACCACCCAGCAUUAUUUUGCUGACGGCCAAUGGCAGGUUUGAAGUGGGGAAGAAGAUUUGUUUAAGCAUCUCAGGGCAUCAUCCUGAAACGUGGCAACCAUCAUGGAGUAUAAGAACAGCUUUACUAGCCAUUAUUGGAUUUAUGCCAACCAAAGGUGAAGGAGCAAUAGGAUCUCUGGAUUAUACUCCAGAAGAAAGAAGAGCUCUUGCAAAGAAGUCACAAGACUUCUGUUGUGAAAUGUGUGGCACAUCUAUGAAGACAGCCCUCUUACCACUAACAUCUGGAAGAGUGUCAAGCCAGGCGGACAAGGAGGCUAAAGAACUUGCCAGACAAAUUAGCUUCAAGGCAGAAGUCAAUUCAUCCAGGAAGUCUGAUGCUGGACCCUCAAACACGUCAGGAUUGAACCACUCUGCCGCUGCAUGUGAGCCCCAGCAGGGUGGUGCAGCUAGAGCAUUCCAGGAUCCAACAAGUGCAACGUCUGAAACCCAGAACAGCAGUGCAGCAGCCAGUCAAGAGCAUACUCCUCCAGUGUCCACUAACACGUCUAUGAGUCCUCGGCAGCGCCGUGCCCAGCAGCAGAGUCAGAGACGGCCUCCGUCUUCAACUGACUUUAAUCGGGUACAGCAACCAAGAGUCAACAUGAACCACACUGGAUCAACCGUUCUGAUUGUCCUUCUGACUCUUGCGUUGGCAGCUCUCAUAUUUCGUAGAAUAUAUUUGGCUAACGAGUAUAUAUUUGAGUUAUAAUUAAUUUGGUUUGUCAUAACAGCAGUGACUUGAAUGCUUCAUUGAACAUUCUGUAUUGGGUAUUUGGUAUGAUAUGAGAACUGUUUACAAAGAUUACUUUUUGUAUUUACGCUUAAAUCAUUACGAAUGUUAAUGUACCUACAGAUAUUUUACUUGUAAGAAAAGCAAAGUUGUACAUUUAACUACAACAAGUGUUGAGUGCCCACUAGAUACUUGGAGAAACAGUGCAGUGGAAUAGUAUCAUUAACUAUGAUACUGAGUCAGUCUGAGUAAUUUAUCAGCUAGAAAGAGGCAACUUAAAGGAAGUGGUUGAUUCACUUUUCUUAUGGAAUGUAGAUGCAAUUAAUCAUGUGGUCUAAGUUUUAAGAUUUGUUAUUGGAGGAGUAAUUAUGAAAUGAAACACAAUUACGCAUUUUUGUCCAGUGAACUCUUAAUUUAGAUGGGAGACAAUUUUGUAACUACUUUUAUUUACCAGGACACAUUUCUAGAGGGGGAACACAACAUAAAUUGGUUGUGAUGCUGCUCUGUGUGUGUGAAAGGGGAAAAGGAUUGUAGGGGAAGUAAGAAGGGGCCAGAAAGCUACUUGUAUUAUUUUGGUUUUUAUUUUUUGGAAGAAAGAUUGGAUAAUCUACAAGAUUUGAAUGUCCUCUUCUAAUAUUCUCAAAUGUAUAUCUUGUUUUCUUAAAUUUGAAGAUUAUAUAAAACAUGUCUAUUCUCACAGUAGUUAUAAAUAUGUAAUAUAAUUAUUUACCCAGAGCUAUUGUCUUUUAAUUGUACCAGAAAUAUACAUAAAGUGUUGAACUGAAUGUUUCAUAUGUGGCUUUAUUUACUAAAGAAUAUUUGAAUGUUGUUAAACUCUCAUAUAUAUGACCAUGUUUAAGAGAAAUAUUUAUUAAAACCCCGGUAUUAAUAAACAGUUUCAAGCCACUCUUCAGAUACGUUUCAAGUAUCACAUAGCCUCUAUGUGUGUGGUUUUUCCCCCAUGUUUUGUGGUUUGUGUUUUCUUUUUUUAAUUUAAAAUGAAUGUUGGACCCAAAGGCUUUCUUAUUAUCAGAUUAUGAAAAAAAGAACUGGUAAUGUUAAUGAAUGCUGUGAAAGCCCAUAUACAAGCAAUAGACAUACAAUUGUUUGGGUUUUGAGAGAAAAAGGCAAUCUGAGAUAAUUUUCUUCCUGUAUUGUUCAGAUUUAAAUGUAUUCUAGCAUGCUUAUUUCAAAGGCAGUGAAAUUAAGCUAACUUCAAUUUCAUUGCUGUCAAAUGUGACAGCACUGAUUUAAGUGACAUUCUUACCCUGUUUCUCAGCAGAAACAAUUUUGUUAAAUAUAGCAUGUACUAGUGUUUUGGAACAUUAAAGUAGCUAUAACAACUUCUAAAAUAAGGAAAGCCCACUGCGUCCAAGAGUGGUGUGAAAAUGAGGGAAAGAAAAACCAAAAUCCAAACAAUACCCAAGUUCUUUUUUUUUUAGCUCUUUGGGUGCAUUGUUUAUAAUCUUGUUUGCAGGUACAAUGGAACAAAGAUCAAAAAUGGUUUUGAAAAGGUCAGACAAAAGUGCAUAGUUUGUUCAGCCGGUUUGGCACUUACUUGCGCAUUGUGCUACAAAACAACUUGAUGUCAAUAUACUGAUGUAUUUUAUAAUGAUGUUUUCACCUAAUUUGUAUAUUCAUCUCAUUAGAAAUUAAAACCCCACAAAAUGCCUAUCCAAAGUCUGUAGCCUCCAAAAUGCAAGUGCUGUGUUUCCUAGGUGAUGUGUUGUUUGAAUACCUGUUCCGUUAAAGUACUGCAAACCUGGGCUCGUGGAAGAGACCUCUGGAAGAGCUCUGACCCAAAAGACAGUGGUGCUGGGUUUUGACUCUCUAGCUCCUCUGGAAGCUUUGCUCUGAACGUGCUUUUCUUUUGCUAGAGCCUCACUGCUGUGCCACACCAACUUUUGCUCUCGUACCUGUACCACAAACUAGCUAUUAGUAAAGCCACAGAAUCCACAGGCACAGUCUGCAUUGCCCUUUGAAGUGGCUAUGAAGGAAAUAAGUGUUAUGUGGUUUUUGAAAACAGCCUCCUCUUUGCGAUUAAAGAAACGGUGCUUUGUAACUUCAUUUUUAUUUCCAUCUUCUCUAGUGAAAGUUCAAAUGCCUGAUUGUGCAAAUACCUAUUUGAAAAAAUAAAUAUUAAUGGUGACUUAAUUUUA